AUGGAUAAGUUUCUUAAAAAGAAGCGUGACAUUGAUGAAUGUAAUCCUGAAAGUGAGCAAACCUCAAAUGUGGAAAGUUGUUCUAGUAAGAAAGCAAAACCGCGACCGACUCGUAAAUACAAUGAGAGUUAUUUAAGAUUUGGCUUUUCUUGGACCGGAAAUGUUGAUAAUCCGCAGCCAGUAUGUUUAGUUUGUGGAAUAAAAAUGUCAAAUGAAUCAAUGCUUCCUAGUAAACUUGGUAAAGAUUUUAAAAGUAAACACUCUCAUUUACAAGACAAACCCACAAGUUAUUUUAAGAGAAUGUCCGGACAGCAAGGAAAAGCAGCUGAUUCUUUUAAAAAGUUUAAUGACUGUUUCUGA